UUCGACGCCUACAAAAGGAACCACAAAAAUAGAAGAAAAAAACAUAUGCAAUAAAAAAUCUCCCUCUUCUCUUUCUUUUGAUCUAAAAACAUUACUUUGACGUAGAAGAAAGCAACAAAAAAUGGGAUACGUUUCAGACCCUAAAUCCAUGAAUGAGAUUAAUGGAGAUGAUGAGACCGAGCUUGGUUUGAGGGCGGUGAGGCUAGCCAAUUACAUAACCUUCCCAAUGGUUUUCAAAGCCGCCAUCGAACUUGGUGUCAUCGAUACUCUCUACUCAGCUGCUCGUGCUGAUAUGAAUGGAUCCAGUUCAUUCCUCAAACCGUCUGAGAUAGCUACUCGGCUUCCUACAACGCCUAGUAAUCCUGAAGCACCUGCUUUGUUGGACCGUAUGCUUCGUUUACUCGCUAGUUACUCAAUGGUCAAAUGCCAAAUCCUAGAUGGUGAGAGGGUUUACAAAGCUGAACCCAUUUGCAAGUAUUUCUUGAGAUACAAUAUUGAAGAAAUAGGAACACUUGCUUCUCAAUUCAUUCUUGAACUCGACAGUGUCUUCCUCAAUACAUGGGCACAACUGAAAGAUGUGGUGCUAGAAGGAGGAGAUGCAUUUGCUCGUGCCAACGGUGGGUUGAAGCUCUUUGAUUACAUGGGAACGGAUGAGAGACUAAGCAAACUCUUUAACCGGACUGGAUUCAGCGUUGGGGUUUUGCAGAAGUUUCUAGAAGUUUACAAAGGUUUCGAAGGAGUUAAUGUGUUGGUUGAUGUAGGAGGAGGAGUUGGAAACACACUAGGCUUUGUUACUUCAAAGUAUCCAAACAUUAAGGGUAUUAAUUUUGAUCUAACUUGUGCUUUGACACAAGCACCUUCUUAUCCUAAUGUGGAGCAUGUGGCUGGAGAUAUGUUUGUAGAAGUCCCAAGAGGAGAUGCUAUCAUCUUGAAACGUAUGCUUCAUGAUUGGAGUGAUGAAGACUGUGCAAAGAUUCUCAAGAAUUGCUGGAAAGCGUUACCGGAGAAUGGGAAAGUGAUUAUCAUGGAACUAGUAAUUCCAGAUGAGGCAGAGAGUGCAGAUGUGCAGUCCAACAUUGCAUUUGACAUGGAUUUGUUGAUGCUCACACAAUGCUCUGGAGGAAAAGAGAGAUCAAGGGCUGAGUAUGAAGCUAUGGCUGCAGAUUCGGGUUUUGCCAAUUGCAAGUUUGUAUGCCAAGCUUAUCAUUUGUGGGUCAUUGAGUUCACUAAAUAGACUUGAAGUUGUAAGCUUCUCUUAUGUUCUAAAAUGAGGCUGAACCGUCUCUGGUAAUAAAAGUUGUAUGGUUCUUGGGUUCA